AAACUCAAAUAAACACUGACAUGCAGCAUCUUAUGAGGAUGUGCAGCCUCCACAGGACACAGUGCAACAGCUAGAAGGACAAGGACAGCUGAAACUCUCUGUCAAGAUGAUCAAGUCCUUCAAGCAAACAUUUCUGUCCCUGGACCUGCAGUCCCCUCGCUGGAGUUCAGUAGAGGCAAAGGCAAAGGACUAUGAACUGCGUCAGUAUGAGACAGCAAAGUGGGUCAGCACAGUGAUCAGGGGAGAGACCCAGAAGGAAGCAAUGCGCCAGGGCUUCUGGAAACUCUUCCACUACAUCCAGGGAAAGAAUGAAAAAGAAGCCAAGAUUGAUAUGACCGUGCCAGUGACCUGCCUGGUAAAAUCGGGCUGCACAGACUUCAAGAUCUCCUUCUUUGUGCCAUUUGAACACCAGGACUGCCCUCCCCAGCCCACUGACUCGGAUGUGUUCAUUGAGGAACGGAAGGCAGCAGCUCUCUUUGUCCGGUCCUUUGGUGGAUUUGCCUCUCCAGAGAAAUAUGCUGAGGAAGCUGAUGCCUUGGCCAGAACCUUAAGAAACAGAGGCCAACCCUUCCACGAAGACUUCUUUUAUACUGCAGGCUAUGACAGUCCCUUCAAGCUCUUUAACAGGCAUAAUGAAGUGUGGUAUUUUAAAAAGUAACAUGAAGGGAGAAUAUUAAGAGGCUACUAAUCAGCUCUGGAUGAAAACAGACCUUAUUAUUGGCUUUUGUUUUAGUGCAGGAAAAGAUUUAACUUGCAUGUGGACACACUACCUAAAUUUAUUUUCUCUAGGAUGAAGUAUGUUCUGGAUAAAAACACUUCAAAAUGUAAUUCAAGAUCACACCAGGUGGAGUGGGCAGGAAACAAACUUACUCCUCUUAGUGAAAGGCACUAAGCAACACCAAUAAUCUGAAAAUAAUCCUGCUGAAGUUUAGCUUUACUUCUCACUAGAAGUACCACAGCACUAGUUGAAGUGCUACAGAAAAGAGUUCUUCAUAAGUGACUUUCAUAAGCUGACUUUUUGUACUGACAUCAUCCUUGAGAACAGAGAGCAAUUUAUAUGAAUUUUUCAGAGAAGCAAGUUUCCAUUAAGGAGCAUUAGAAAGCCAUAACAUCUUAGCAGGCCUUAGUGACUUACCAACAGCAACUGUUGUUAAUUAGUAUUAUCAAAAUUUUCCACCUCUCCAACUUUACUUUUUUCCCCUCAUGAAGGCUGAAUGUUGUUUAAAUCUGGACCCUUGGAAAGGUCCAAGUCAUGCACUUGUGUUCUGAGAUCUGCACCUGAACAUGUAAUACCAGGAUUACUGGUGGAAUAUUAUUUUAGUAGCAAAUUUACAAGUAUUAAGUUUAGCUGUCACUUGAAACACUCUAAGUUAUUUAGCUUUGUCUAAAUAUGGUCACCUGCAGCCUGCACACCAGCAGUAC